CAAUCAGCAGCAGUUUCCGAAGCCCAGGAAAGAAGCAGAUGAUAUGGCAGCUUUGUGAGCGGCCAGGUGGAACUCGCUUUUGUUUGAUCGGGCUGACAGCGGAUCAUGAGUACACUUUAACCCGCAUACUGCAGCGGGGAUCCGGGGACAAAGAUGAUUUAUCUCAUAUUAAUUUCUGCCUUUUCAGGGGCCAUCGUAACCGUCCUUUUGCAGCUCUUACUAUUGUACCGGAGGAGCCCCGAGCCUAUCGCUAGGACUGUGCAGUAUGUCAAAGCAGUUCCUGAUCCCGCACUUAAGGAUUACUUUAGCAACCAACAAUCCGAAUCAACGCAGCCGCAACAAGACAUCACAUCAUUCGCCUCCAAACAACCAGAGGCAUCUUCUCCCAGACAGCAAGACACCACAGUCUCCGGCGGCGGCAGCAGCCCUAAACAACAGCCGUCCUCGCCACCGCCUUGUCAAAGCGACUCCCUGCACACCUCCAAAGCGGAGACGUGCGAUUUUCUCAAUGCCAUAUUUCUGUUUUUAUUCCGAGAGCUGCGUGACACUCCGGUGGUCAGACACUGGAUCACCAAAAAGAUCAAGGUGGAGUUUGAAGAGCUCCUCCAAACCAAGACAGCCGGGCGUCUGCUCGAGGGGCUUAGCUUGCGGGAUAUAUCACUGGGUAAUUCUGUGCCCGUCUUCAAAACGGCCAAACUCAUGAAACCCGUGGCUGUCAAUGAAGACAACAUGCCAGAAGAGCUGAAUUUCGAGGUUGACUUGGAAUACAACGGCGGCUUCCAUUUGGCCAUUGAUGUUGAUUUAGUGUUUGGUAAAUCCGCUUAUCUGUUUGUCAAAAUGACCCGGGUGGCGGGCAGGUUGAAGCUGCAGUUCACCCGCAUGCCUUUCACGCACUGGUCCUUCUCUUUCCUGGAGGACCCGCUCAUAGACUUCGAGGUGAAGUCUCAGUUUGAGGGUCGUCCUCUGCCCCAGCUCACCUCUAUCAUAGUGAACCAACUCAAGAGAGUUAUCAAGAGGAAGCACACCUUACCAAAUUACAAAAUAAGGUACAAACCCUUUUUUCCCUUCCAAGUGCAGCCACCUCUGGUGUCGUCAUGUGACUUGGAUAUGUCCAUCCGAGACACCCUAUUGUUGGAGGGACGUCUGCGUGUCACACUUGUUGAAUGUAGCAGGUUAUUUAUCCUGGGCUCAUACGAAAGGGAGACAUAUGUUCACUGCACCAUAGAGCUCAGUGCCAGCGAGUGGAGAGAAAAAACCCGGAGCUCCAUCAAAGAGCAACAGACAGAGGAUGAAUGGAGUAUAGCUUCACAUUUUUUCUCACCAAAGUCGUUCUCUCCAUCGACCUGCAUCGCCCAGCCGUCACACACCUACCGAUGCCCAUUUCCAGCCCUCUUCAAUACUGAGGUGAUUAAAGGACCGUCUGGCAGCGUGGGAAUGACAUUCAGACAUGUUCCGGCUACUGAUGGUGACACAGUGCAUGUGAGCAUAGAGAGCGUCACCCCAAAUUCUCCAGCUGCCCUGGCGGAUUUACAGAAAGGAGAUCGUCUCAUUGCUAUUGGAGGAGUCAAAGUGACGUCCUCUGUUCAAGUGCCGAAGCUGCUUAAACAAGCUGGAGAGAGAGUGAUCGUUUUGUACGAAAGGCCGGUCCGGCACCAGGUGCCUACAGGGUGCUUGGGGCCACUUCAAGAAAGUCUAGGGCCCAUGGAAGAGCCCAGCUAUCUUCCUCAGCCCGGGGGCUAUGAGGAGGACCCAGCCCCAAUAACCACCAUGGACAUAACUGAAAACAGAGACAAUGACUCUGAAUUUGAAGAGUUGAUUGUGGAGUCCAAACCACCUGGAGCUUCAAUCAAUGUUGACACUAAAGAGGAUUUCCUUCUUUCUGUAAACCAAAGCCCCAAAAAGACUGUGGCCAACCUGGCCAAUCCCCUUGGUUCCAUCUCGCCAAUUCUCAACCGCAGACUGAACCUUCAAUCCCCACUCAAGCCCCAGCCUAAAGAAUCACCAAAGGCGCCAACUCACAAGAUUGCUGAACCACCUGAACAGCCACAGAGACCAACAGUACCCCCUCCUCCACCUCCUGCACGGCCUCCUGUUCCUCCUAGGCCCCAUAUAAAGGUCACAUCAGCCUCGUUGGAAACUCAAAACCUAGUGGAAUGUAAUGAGCCUGUGGUUGAAAAAAGUCCAGAGAAAACGCAGCCCAAUGCUAGCAAUGGGGACAAACCCACAGAGAAAACUCCUGUUAAGUUCCCAGAGCCGAAGCCUGUGAGUAAACACCCAGAGCCAACCGAGGAGAUCCCAAAUACUCCUGCCACAAACAAGCAAGACUCAGCCAAAGACAAGAUAUCAGAGAGCUCAUCCAACACUAGGGACAGCGUAGAUGAACAGGGUCUUUGGGAAUCACCUGAGACCAUGUACCGCAACAGGUGUGCUCGUUGGAACAAAGCCUCAACUGUUCUUGAGGUGGAAAACAACCAUAAAUUCCUUAAUGUAGCACUUUGGUGUAAGGACCCCUUCAAGCUUGGCAGUCUCUUGUGUUUGGGGCACAUCAGCUUGCACUUGGAACACAUAGCACUGGAAUGCUUAUCUACAUCUUCUGCCGAACACCAGAGUACCUUCCGUAUAUGUGCCCCUGAACCAAGGGCCAGCGUCAGCCGUACGGCUUUGCGCAGCUUGAGCACUCACAAAGGUUUUAACGAGAAACUGUGCUAUGGAGACGUUACGCUCAACUUUAUCUACCUAGGGGAUGGAGAACCGGAUUUGACCAGUGGACCAACGGAACGUGAGCGAGAGGGGAGUCUUCAGGAAGAAGAGGUUAAAGAGAGGGAAAGGGAACGGGAGCAGGUGCUCAUUGUUACCCGAGACGAGACGAGCUACAGCAGCAUGCAGUUCGGAGAGAUGCGGCACAAUUUUCAAGACACUCAGUUCCAGAAUCCCACUUGGUGCGAGUAUUGCAAGAAGAAGGUGUGGACCAAGGCUGCUUCGCAGUGCAUGACUUGCUCUUACGUCUGUCAUAAAAAAUGUCAAGAGAAGUGCCUAACUGAGCACCCUAACUGCGUAGCGGCCUCAAACCGGCGUGGAGCAGAUCCUGAGGCAAAAUCUACAAUCAACCGGGCUACCACAGGCCUCACGCGUCACAUUAUCAACACUAGCUCCCGGCUCCUCAAUCUGAGGCAGGUGCCUAAAGCAAGGCUUGCAGAACAGGUGGCAGAAAUGGGACCAGUGGUGGCCGAGCCUUCUCCGAAGCAUACGCCUAACACAUCCGACAAUGAGAGCAGUGACACAGAGACGUACACUGGGGCGAGUCCUUCCAAACAGCCACCAGGUAGCAGUGGCUCCAAAUUGGUGCGCAAGGAAGGCGGGCUGGACGACAGCGUGUUCAUAGCUGUAAAAGAGAUUGGUCGAGAUCUUUACCGUGGCCUCCCCACAGAUGAACGCUCGCAGAAACUGGAGCUUAUGUUGGACAAGUUGCAGCAGGAGAUUGACCAGGAGUUGGAGCAUAACAACUCACUGAUGGUGGAGGAACGAGAUACGAUUGACACCCGACGCAAGGCCCUUAUCUCUGCCGCUCUUUCCAAGUCUGGAGAACGGCUCCAAGCUUUGACUCUGCUCAUGAUUCACUAUCGUGCUGGCAUUGAAGACCUAGAAUCUGUAGAAAGCACCUCGCCAUCCGAGCAGCACUGUUUUCCAAAGGCAAAAGCUGAAGGUCUGGAGGAGGCUCUGAUGGGCGUGGAAGUGAACGACAGUGACAUUUGCAGUCCGGUUGAUGUUCAGAUGCUGGAUGAGAUUUCAGAGGAGCAGAUCUGUGCAGAGGCGUUACAUUAAAGAUGAGGGUGGCAGGGGCUUGAGACUCAAAAACAAAAACAACAGGUUUUUCUGUAUGACAUAGAUUAGGAUGACCUGGGAACAUCACACGGGUGAAUGUGAGGUUUGCAUAAAUAUUCAUGGAAAUUUACCAGAAUAUUACUGAACCGAAUUGUGUGGCAUUGUAUGCGUGUCAGUUUACUUUUUUACUAUUUAAUUUUUUUAAAUAAAUAUAAUUUUUCUCAUCUUUUGUUUAUUAACUGUUGUAGAGGACUAAACCAUGAAGACUUUCAACAGUAUUACAAGAAAUAGAUGGAUUUGAUGAACAAACAGUUUUACCUGCCUUACCUAAAAGGUGCAUUUCAUUUUUAAUCAUAAAAGUGCUUCAAAGGGGGCUUGAAGCAUCAUGUGCUUAAAUUAUAAAGUAUAAAUCUCUGUUCAUUCAACCCUUGUACAUCACUACAGACUGGAUCAUUUGAAUUUGUACUGUUGGUUAGAUUCAUAAUUGGAAAUACAGUGUUUUAUUUUGUUUUGAGCUUCAAGCCCUAUGCCUCAAACUCCAGUACAUAAAUUAGGAUUAAGUCCUGAACAGUAGUCCCGAUAACAUGAUGUCCAGAAAGUGGAACAUGCCAUUUUAUUUCCCGAUUGCCCCAAUAUUGAUUCUUAACUUCUAGUGAUAAGCACCUUUUAUGUUACAUUUUCAGUCAAUUCUGUUAUUUCAUUUGAUUAUUUUAUCUUAAAAAUGUUUAAAUAUUUAAUUCAGAGGGAAUCCUGAUAGGACAGUCAAUCUUGGCGUUAUUGUAAGAUACUAUUAGGGACCAUUCUUUGUGUAUUUAAUUUAUAUUUGUCACACCAAGCCAUCGUGACAUCACUUUUUUUCUUUCUCGUGGGGGGAAUAUUUAAACUGCACACAUGCAAUCUGUUUCAUCAUAUUUCAAUAAUUCUGAUCCUCUGUGAUUUACAUAAAUGGGGCCGUUUUUCCAGUUGCUUUGGAUUUGUAUACUCAUCAUCCGAUGCAUGUUUUUUAUUCUCCAUCAGUUGAUUUGUGUGAAUGUGUCAGCAAGAUAAUUUUUAGUUUGUUCUUUUAUUGUCAUUUUUGUAGUUGUGUUUUGGUAACAUUUAUGGAUGCAAAGAAAUUUUCAGUAUCACUUAUUUGUUUUUGGGCAUAUUUUCCCACUUUUGAAAGUUAAUUUCACAUAUGCACUAAUGAAUGUAUCUCUCAAGCGAUUCACUUUACUAUCAUUAUUCCGUUCACAUCUCAAAACACAUCAGUUGUCACUGUCUAAAACUGCAUUAAAACACUCAUUAAAAAUACUUGUCAAUACUUACAGUAUUCCUUAAUUCCCAAAGCUAACGCAAAACUUCCCUAACCCAUGUCUGUUGUGGCCUCUGUCUAUGUAUAGCCGGGCAAUUUUCAUUUAUUUCUGCAUUUAAGGCACCACAGACAAAAAAAGGUUUGUUUCAAAGAUAAAAAGGUAUCUUAAAGGGCUAGUUCACCCAAAAAUGAACAUUCUGUCAUCAUUUACUCACCCCCAGGUUGUUUCAAACCUGCAUUAAUGUCUUUGUUCUGUUGAACACAAAGAAAGAUAUUUGGAAAAGUGUUAGCAAUUUUCAGUUCUAGGACAUCAUCAACUACCAUAGUAGAAAAGAAAAAAAUUAUUGCAUAUUUAUUUGUUCUGUUGAACACACAAUGAGAUGUUUUGAAGAAUUAAGGAAAACAAACAGUUCUGGGGCACCUUUGACUACCAUUACAUUUUUCCUACUAUGGUGGUCAAUAACGUCCCAGAAGUAAAAAUUCCUAACAUUCUUCCAAAUAUCUUUCUCAGUGUUCAUCACAACACAGAGAAACAUACAGGGUGAGUAAAUGAUAACACAAUUUUCAUUUUUGGGUGAACUAUCCCUUCAAAUGAUCUUCCACCUUCAUUUGAUUGGUCAAAACAAAAGCAGCUUUCUUGCCGUUAUCAUUCACAUGUUUCCAAUGUACAUACAAUAUGUCAAGGGUAAAUCGCAUUACUGGAUCUGUCUUCAUGAAUUAAAGCUUUUUGGUCAAGACAGGUGACAUUAACGCUCCUAAAACAUUUAUUCAGCUGGUGUAGAAGCUAACUCACAUUCUUGCUUGUGCAUUGUUUACUAUAUGAUGUUCUUGUUACCACUGCAACCAGAGGGGAAGCGUUGUCUUUUUCCUGAUGAAUCACUUAAGGGAAUGACAUUUAAAUGUUAAGCUCACCAAAUUACAACGUUUGUUUUGGCUGUUUUUAUUCUAUUACAGUGUGGUCGCUGCUGCUGAUAUUCUGUGCUUCUCAAAAUUCAAUGCUCUUGAAAUAUUUCUCCAGUUAUCUCACAGUGGAAAAAGUAAAAAACAAUCGAUAUAAAACAUCACAUCCGCCUUGGCAAACUGUGGUUAAGCUUUUUUGGGAAAGAUGUCCGUAAUGGAACCUGUAUCAUGUUUUAAAGCGCUAUUGUAAAUAGCCUAGCAGUGUGUCACUUUAAACCCUGUUCUUUCUCCCUGGACUAUUAUAUAGUGCUCAACAUGUGGGUUCAACUUUUUGUUGUUGUUGUUUUUGCUUCGUGUAAAUAUGAUUUUGUUUGUUUGUGGGUUUUAAUUAUGGUUAAGGGCAUCUACUGAAAAAGUGCACAGCUUUUAAACUUGCUGCAAGAUCUUUACGCACUGACAUAUCAUAUUUGCUUAUGCACUUGAGAUAAAUAAAUUAUUAGAAAUUUAAAGUUGUA